AUUUAAUCUCAUAAAUUCCAUUUGUUGGGUAGUAAUGUAAUUGUGUUAUGGUAACCAUGCAGGUGUUGAGAUCGUUACAAAAGAUAUUGACAAACUAUUACUCACCAUAAAGAGGAGGACUAGAAAAAGGGUGCACACAGAAAGUGAUGAUUAUGCAGAACAACAACAAGAAAGUACUAUGAAAUCACAAAAUAGUGAUGAACAGACAUAGAAUAGAACUACUGUGAGCAUUGUUCUAAAACUCGUUGGGCGCUAGUGAGACGGUUGAUGGACGCCUAGCGCCUAGACGGCUGACUAGGCCGAUUUUUUUGACCGAUUAGGCUGAUUUUUGGCCGACUAAGCUGAUUAGUCCUCUACAUGUAGGGCUGACUAGGCCGAUUAAUCGGUACAACUAGGCCAAUUUCUAGAACAUGACAAUGACAAAUCUUUUGAAAGUCCUAAGGCUUUGAAAAAAACAGGUGGUGCACAUAAACAUCAACGAAAAAAGCAACACAAGUAGGGUGCUUUGAGAGAUGAAGGAACAAUAUAGAAAUUUGAACGAUAGAUCAUCACCCAAUAUGAUUGUCCAUGCAAUAUCAAAGUUGAACGAGAAACAAAGAGAAGAGGUUACUAUAAUAGAUUUUGCAGCGAUGCUGCACCUAGAGAUCCAAGAAUUGCCUUCAAAACUUGGAUGUUGGAUUGUGGAUAACUUUGAUCCGAAGAGUUGCACACUGAAGCUUUCUGAUGAUAACAAGGUUCACAUGAGAGACAAAGAUGUUGAGAAUGCAUUAGGACUCCCUCGUGGAGAAGCAACUGUUGUGAAGAAACUUAAAAAAUAAAGAAAAAAUGCUCUGACAGGUGAGUGGAGGGCUAUUUUUGGGGCAAAGAAAAGAUUAGUCCAACUGAAGUGGCGGGUUGAUUGAUAACGGGUAUAUAAACUAUUGGUUCAUAAAUUGCUUGCAUGACACAAAAGUGAUUAAAAGUAUGAAUUGUUGUGAAUAUGUCAUAUCAGCUCUAAUGGAGAAGAAAUUGGAAUGGGGACAAGCGAAAGACAAAGAUUUCACUGGUCCAUUACUGUUCUUAGUAAUAAGUUUAUCCUAUAAAAUGGAGAAGUUUUGAUUGCAUGUAAUAUUUAACAUGGUGGUUAUUCCUUUUUUGCAUGUUUUUAUGUUGAUAGAAUGGUGUUAUAUUGAAGGAGUGUAAUUAGAAACUAGCGAGCUAUAAUUGGUUGGACAACACCAUUACUGAGGGAGAGAGAAAUAGAAGAAAUAAAAGCGGGCGGUUUUGGUCUCGGACAUUUAGAUGACAAGAUGAAGAAGAGGAGCUUGACUGUACAAAAAAUCAGUAAUGAUCCAGAAAAGGCGCACCCAUCAGAAGAGGAAGAUGCACAGAAUGGUGAAACAUCGGCAAGGGCAAACGCAGAAGAGGUGAAGGAAGAGAUGAUUAAAGAUGCAGUGGAGCUAGAUAACAAUGCAUCAAGCUUGCAGGUAGCUGUCGUAAAAUUAAUAUGUACAACAUAUUGAAAAUGAAUUAAAAUAUGCCUAUAUAACUGAGAUGAGCACUUGUG